AUGAGUCAUAGUAAAUUCAUUCCCAAGCUGUCUAUUCAAUCUCCUGUACAUCACACCAACUUAAAGGUCCAGUCCACAGAGCCAUCUUUUAAGAAAGAAGACUUACAUUUGAUUUCAAAAGACUCUUUGGAAUCUGACUCAGAAAGCCCCACUCAAAAGAUCAAGUCCCGGUCUGACCUUGAAGACCAAAUUCAGGACAAUGACAUGGAGCCUGACAGCCUAGAGGAGGAGAGCUUGAGUGAGAUGGAAGAGGAAGCAAGCAGAAAAGCAGCUCAGAGGGCCGGCAAGGAAAACCUCCACACCCAAGACGCUGGUGCAAUUAACAGCCAACAACCCACAGAAGACAAAUACUCACACCUCCGAUACGAUCCAAACUGGAAGAGUAAGAAAGAGGAGGGGAAGUUGUUGCCUGUGGAAGCGUUGCCAGAGUCCGUGGACAGCUCUACAGAAAAUCUGACUCUGGACCCACUCUACCCUUCCAAGGAGCCUUCGAUGGACCUCUCAGGGAGCAAAGGUGAACAGACGCGCCCACGGAGCACAGCCUCCUUACUCGGGAGUGAAUUCGUAAGCCCGAACUACGAGCUCAGCACCCACCGCUCUGAGCCGUUUUCCGUGCUGAGUGACAGUGAUCCUGAGGAGAAGUCCAGCAACCUCUCUCAGUACUUGAAGAGUUCAAGUUCACGCAGAGGGCCAUUCCUGCCAGGAUCACGCGGCCCUCGGCGAAGGAAGUCCAAACAGUAUUUUGUGGAAAAGAACAAGCUGACUUUGGGAUUACCCACUCCAAGAAUGGACUCUUAUCUUCAACUUCACAAUAAAAAAAGGGGGGAAGGUCGCCUAGAACAGAUCUCCUACCCCGGCAGAGUAACUGACAAGACGUCUAUUCAGAAUGCCAGAGAGACUGGAAAUGUCGCUAUAGACCCUGAAGACAAAUGGCAUCAAAGAGUCCAACAGCUAAAGAAUUACCAGGAACACUGGUCUCAAUAUGAACAUGAAAAGUCAAGCAGUGGACCCAGAGAUCAAUCCUCGGAAACAACCAAUGGCCAGCAACCUUCCAAAAGACCAGCCAAGCACAAGAUUCGAAAACAGCAUAAACACCAGCAUGGCCCGAAGUCUUUGGUGACUGAAGGGCUGGUUGUCAGUCAAGGAAACCAGAAUAACACUCCCAGACAUCAGCAAAACCCAAAUAAGCCUAUUGAUACUGAAGUAACACAGGACACAGUUGUGAUUAUGAAUGCCACGAAUGAUGAUUUACAAUACUCAAGUGUACUGAGAAGCCAGGAUCCCAAAGUAACCUCCAAUCAAUUUGCUCCACCACACCAGGUUUCUGACAAAGUAUUAUAUAAAAAUCCUGCCGGAUAUUACCCGGUGAUGAACGCUAAUAGAGAAAGAGGACACAACGACCAAGAAGAGAGAAGGUUUUCCUACCAGCAGCUACACACCGACACUCAAUCUGAUAUGCACUUGAACUACCUUCAUGAACUUACCAAGAAAUACGCAUCCCGUAGCCAGAAAGGCUCUCAGUCUAACAUAAACAUGCAAGCAUCAACCGAAAAGAAGAAGCAACCCAAAUUGGAUUAUACAGAAACAAAGUAUAAGAACUUAGAAAUAUUAUGGAAAUUUCAUUCUUCCUCUGAGGAACAACCUGCUAAGGCUUCCCCAGAUUCCCGGCUCUCCCAGAUAAUGGAGCAGCAUCAGCAAGCCCUGCUGCAGCUGACAGAGGUGCAGCCCCACGAAGGGGCCUCACCCGGGCUCACCCUUCCACCCAUACUCUCAAGGGUGGAGAGUGAAUCCCAACUCAGUUCAGAGAAAAGCCAAAGAAACCAAGUGAAAAUCAGCCGCAGCAAUUCUGAAAGCUAUCUGUUUCAAUUGGAAAAGGAGAAAAAGCAUAGGAAAAGAAGCAGCAUUAAGAGCUCCAAGCUGAAAGGUUAUCAGAACAGAGACGUGAAACUUGGAGGCCUCGGACCUGACCUUGAGUCUAUCAGAGACAAAAUGCAGAAAUUAAUACAGCAAAAGGAAUAUGCUAAACAAGUGAAGGAAUACAACAUGAAGGCACUAUCCAUCCCCCCAAAGCCACAAACAGCAGUUACUGAAAAUAAAUCUGCUGUCCCGCGGCAGAAGGCUUUGGAAUACGCUAAGACCAUCCCCAAACCCAAACCUUCAAAUCUGAGUGAUCAAGCCUCAAAAGAAAAGAAAACUCCAACCCAUGCUGGAAAAGAAGACACCUUACCUGAAAUCUCACUGCUGGAAGUGCUACAGAACAGACACGAAAGGGAAAAACAGGCUGUGGCUGCUUUUAAAGUCCUUCACAUUGUAUAG